AUGUCAUCCUCUGCUCGAACCAUUACUACUAAAGGUGGAGAGGUGCUCUAUGUUCACGUUCCGGAUUCAUCCGAUAAGGAGAUUGAAGAAUUGUAUAAAUGUGAGGAAGAGUUAAGCGAAGCUUUGGGAGGAUACAAAGGAGGCUCUUCAUCAUCACCAAAUUUAGAGAGUCAGUACAAGACAACUUUCCAGAAAAUUCUGGCAUCUGUCUCACCCAAUCACUCCAAGAAAGCUAAAGAACUUGCCUGCCAAUUCAUUCCGAAGUACGCUGCUCAUUUUCCAUCAUUGUCCACAGAAAUUUUGAAUAGCCAGUUGGAUUUAUGCGAAGACGAAGAUAGAGGUUUAAGAAUACAAGCAAUCAAAGCAUUGCCAAAGCUUUGUCAAUUGUGGAAUUCUCAAGUUCACAUCAUUACUAGUGUAUUAAUUCAAUUGCUGAGAGAUGCAGAUGCUGGUGAAACUCAAAUUGUGAAAGAUUGUUUGAAUGAAUUGAUGGAUCUCGAUGCCAAGACUUGCUUUGCUUCUGCUCUGCAACAAAUUGCAAGCCCUUCAUCGGGUGAUGAAGCAAUGUUAAGGGAGAAAGCCAUAGAUUAUCUCUCUGAUAUCAUGAAAAAGAAGAAUAUUAAUCUUCAAUUUCAAGAUGAAAAGGUGCAAGAACAAUUUCUCAAGGAUGCUGAAAAGAUUUUGUCCAUAUUCACUUCGUCAUCAGAGUCGUUUUUAAAUCAUGAAAAGGAGGCUGAAAACAUGAGAUUAUUUUUGUCUCUUAUUUCAAAAUUGAAAAUGUUUAAGAAUGACACGGUAGCAUGGAUGAAGUUUCUUAAAAAUCACUGUCCUGUUGAUGUUGAGAGUUCUCUCCAUUUGAAAGAUGAUGCUGACAAGUGGAAAUUACGUAAAUUCCUUUCUUUCUUAAGAGCUGCAAAGAAAGGAAUGACCGAACAAAAAGAAAACUCGCCUUACUUCCCAUUCCUCAUGAAACAUGUAUUUCCAAAUCUCAAAGAUUUACAAAACACUAAUGUCGAAGAUGACAAAUUACGAGUCGUCACAUUAAGAACUAUUGCAGAGAUUGCACACUGUACAUCAGAAUACUACUCUCGUACUUUUAUACCAACCAUCUAUGACGCUCUCAAAAGCGAAAUUCCAGAAAAAGCAGAUGCCUCUGCAGUGUUAAACUUUACCAAUAUUGAGUGCUAUCUACUAAUUUUCCACCGAUUGGCCAUUAAGAGCCCUGGUUCGUUAAACGCCGUUUGCGGUAUUAAGAUUGUUACUGGCCAACCAUCAGACACAUUUGGAGACUAUAAGCAUCUUCGACAAGAGAUGAUUCAAAAACUUCAUGUGUUGGAACAAGUCUGUUCUCCCUAUGUAGGUCGAUUGAAGUCGCUCAUCGACCAAUUGAAGAAGGAAGGAAAAGAAAAGAACGCAGAGGAGGUCAGAACAAAAACUCAAAUUUUCAAAUGUAUUGAAAACAUUGUGACACUCACAAAGGCCCUCAAGAAAUCUCGUCCUGAAUUUAUUCAAUUUUAUGAUUUGAUUCCAAGUUGGAUUGUCAUGAGAAAAAAGCUAAAGAAACAUAAGAGAAAGUUUAGUAAGGAAGUGGAUGGUAACGACAAGCAAGGAAAGAAAAAGAAGGUGAAGAGAGAACAUAACGAAGGAAGUUCAAAAGCUUCCAGCAGCUAUAACAAUCAACAAAAAAGAGGAAACAACAUUACGAGAGGAAAAGGCCAAAGAAAUAAGCGAGGAAAACAUACAAAGUAA